GCCCCGCUGCCGCCGGACCGGGACCGCCGCCCUGCCGCUGCCGCCGCUGCCGAGCGUCCUUGGGCUUCGGUUUCGCACGCAUCGAGCCGAGCCGGGCCGGGCCGCGCCUUGCCGCUCCCAGGCCCCGCGGCUGAGCGGCGCGGCCGCCCCGCGCCCGCCUCACGCCAGCCCCGCCGCCCGGCGAGGCGCGACGGAAGCGCCAGAGUCAAGUUGCUGCUGCAGAGCCUGAAGAUAAUCCAUUUCAGCUGCACAGAGGAUCAGACAGUCACAUAAAUGCAGUAUCUAAAUGUAAAAGAAGAUUGCAAAGCUAUGGCUUUCUGUGCAAAAAUGAGGAGCACAAGGAAGAGCGAAGUAAACCUGGAAGCUCAGCAUCAGGGAUUAGAAAUAUUUUUCUACCUGCAAGAUAAAAGCCCCAUUUAUUACACCAGUGGUGAAUUUACCUCGGAGGAGCUGUGCAUUGAGGCUGCCCAGAAGUGUUCUAUAUCUCCACUGUGCCAUAAUCUCUUUGCACUCUAUGAUGAAAACAAGAAGCUCUGGUAUGCACCAAACCAGGUCUUCAAGAUAGAUGAGAAAACAUCACACCGGCUCUGUUAUCGAAUGAGAUUCUACUUUACCAACUGGCAUGGGACUAGUGAAAAUGAACCCUCAGUGUGGAGGCAUUCCCCAAAGAAGGCAAAGAACUCGUACGAGAAGAAACCAGAUGGAACUCCUAUACUUGAUGCAAGUUCAUUAGAAUACAUCUUUGCACAGGGUCAGUAUGACUUGGUGAAAGGCCUGGCACCAAUCCGGGAUCCUAAAAACGAUCAAGAGGUUCAUGAAAUCGAGAACGAGUGUCUGGGGAUGGCUGUCCUUGCCAUCUCUCACUAUGCCAUCAACAAAAAUGUGAAGCUUCCUGAGCUUCCUAAAGAUAUCAGUUACAAGCAUUAUAUUCCUGAAACUUUGAACAAGACCAUCAGACAGAGGAAUUUCUUAACCAGGAUUCGGAUCAAUAACGUUUUCAAGCAUUUCCUUAAAGAGUUUAACAACAAAACCAUUUGUGACAGUAGCGUGACUCCACGGGAUCUGAAAGUUAAAUACCUAUCAACGAUGGAGACCUUGACUAAACAUUAUGGAGCUGAGAUUUUUGAGACUUCCUUUUUGCUGAUUUCAUCUGAGAACGAAAUCAACAGGUUUAAUGGUGGAGACAACGAGAUCCUCCCACUGUAUGAAGUCAUUGUAACAGGGAACAAUGGAAUUCAGUGGAGGCUCAAGCCAAAUUAUGUCCAGACAGAGAAAGAGAAGAAGAAAAAAUCUGAUGGCAAAAGCAAAAAGGAUGAAGAAAAACUCAAAAUUCAAGAGUCCUGGAACAACUUUUCCUAUUUUCCUGAAAUCACCCACAUUGUCAUCAAGGAGUCUACAGUUAGUAUUAACAAGCAGGACAACAAAAGGAUGGAACUCAAACUGUCCUCACACGAGGAGGCCCUGUCCUUUGCGUCGCUGAUAGACGGGUACUUCAGACUGACAGCAGAUGCUCACCAUUACCUCUGCACGGACGUGGCUCCCCCCCUCAUCGUGCACAACAUAAAAAAUGGGUGCCAUGGGCCCAUUUGCACGGAAUACGCCGUCUCCAAGCUGCGGCAGGAAGGGAACGAAGCAGGGAUGUAUGUGCUCAGGUGGAGCUGCACCAACUUCAACCACAUUCUCAUGACAGUGACUUGUCUGGAAGGUUCAGAGAUAAUAAAUAAUUCGGUCCAGUACAAGAACUUCCAGAUUGUGGUGAAGAAAGGCGAGUACUUCCUCCAUGGUUCCAACAAGUCUUUCUCAUCAUUAAAAGAGCUGAUGGAUCAUCUGAAAGGACAGAUACUUCGGACAGACAACAUAAGCUUUACACUGAAGAGAUGCUGCCAACCAAAACCAAGAGAAAUCUCCAACUUGCUAGUUGCAACCAAGAGGGCACAGGAGUGGCAGCCAGUUUAUCACCUGGGCCAGCUGAGUUUCCAUCAAAUCCGCAAGGAGGAAAUCACACAGGGCGAACAUCUUGGAAGAGGGACGAGAACACAGAUUUACUCAGGGAUUCUCAACUACAAAGAUGAUGAGAAUGAAGGCUACCAAAAUGAAAAAGAGAUUAAAGUCCUCCUCAAAAUCUUGGACCCCAGCCACAGAGACAUUUGUUUGCAGGCAUUCUUUGAAACAGCAAGCAUGAUGAGCCAGGUAUCUCACAAGCACAUCGUCCUCCUCCACGGAGUCUGCGUCCGUAACAUUGAGAAUAUCAUGGUGGAAGACUUUGUGGAAUUUGGGCCUCUGGAUCUGUUUAUGCGUCGCAAGAGUGAAUUUCUGACUACCCCUUGGAAAUUCAAAGUUGCCAAGCAACUUGCAAGUGCACUGAGCUACUUGGAGGAUAAGGACUUGGUACAUGGAAAUGUGUGCACUAAAAACAUCCUCCUGGCAAGAGAGGGAAUUGACACUGAAUAUGGGCCUUUCAUAAAGCUGAGUGACCCAGGAAUACCAAUAACUGUGCUGUCCAGAGAAGAGUGCGUGGCGAGGAUCCCCUGGAUUGCACCUGAGUGUGUUGAAGACUCCAAAAAUUUAAGCAUUGCAGCAGACAAGUGGAGUUUUGGUACAACACUGUGGGAAAUCUGCUACAAUGGAGAAAUACCCCUGAAAGACAAGACAUUAGCAGAGAAGGAGAGAUUCUACGAGGGACACUUUGUGUUGGCAACACCAUCGUGCAAGGAACUGGCUGACCUGAUGAAGCAGUGCAUGAACUACGACCCCCACCAGCGGCCCUUCUUCAGAGCCAUCAUGAGAGACAUCAACAAGCUGGAGGAACAGAAUCCUGACAUCGUCUCAGAGAGGAAGCCUGUCACUGAGGUCGAUCCCACUCUCUUUGAGAAGCGCUUCCUGAAAAGAAUCCGUGACCUGGGCGAGGGCCACUUUGGCAAGGUUGAGCUCUGCAGGUACGACCCAGAAGGCGACAAUACAGGGGAGCAAGUGGCGGUGAAAUCUCUGAAGCCCGAGAGCGGAGGGAAUCACAUCGCUGAUCUCAAGAAGGAAAUAGAAAUCCUGAGGAACCUCUAUCAUGAGAACAUUGUCAAAUACAAGGGAAUUUGCACAGAAGAUGGAGGAAAUGGGAUUAAACUCAUCAUGGAAUUUCUUCCUUCUGGGAGCCUGAAGGAGUAUCUGCCCCGGAACAUCAACAAAAUCAACCUCAAACAGCUUCUCAGAUACGCGGUUCAGAUCUGCAAGGGAAUGGACUACUUGGGCUCCUGUCAGUACGUGCACCGUGACUUAGCUGCAAGAAACGUCCUUGUGGAAAGUGAGAACAGGGUGAAGAUUGGGGACUUCGGGCUGACCAAAGCCAUCGAGACAGAUAAGGAAUACUACACUGUCAAAGACGACCUCGACAGCCCCGUCUUCUGGUACGCCCCGGAGUGUCUGCUGCAGAGCAAGUUCUACAUCGCCUCAGACGUCUGGUCCUUCGGGGUGACGCUGUACGAGCUGCUCACCUACUGUGACUCCGAGGCCAGUCCCAUGGCGGAGUUCCUGAAGAUGAUCGGCCCCACGCAGGGACAGAUGACGGUGGCGCGGUUGGUGCGAGUCCUGCAGGAGGAGAAGCGAUUGCCGCGGCCGCCCGGCUGCCCGGAGGAGGUGGACCAGCUGAUGAGGAAGUGCUGGAUAUUCAAGCACGACGAACGGACGACCUUCCACAGUCUGAUCCACGGAUUUGAAACGAUCAUGAGUAAAAUGUAACUUGGAAUUGGGUUUUUUUAUACUGUCAGUACUUUAAAUGUGUGUCCAAAUAGAGAUGCCCAGGACCUGUUUGGGUGGGUUUUUCUUACCUCCUGUGAUUUGUACUCUGACUGUGCUCAUGUGUGCAAAGGAUUCUUUAUGGGGUUUAUUGUUUCCAACAGUUUCCCUUCUGAGUUUUAGUCAGCAGUUGGAUGAGAUGAAUUAAAAGGUUUAAAAGGUAUGGCAGAACCCAGAGCUUCAGCUCCUGUGCUGCUCUUCUUGCCAGGCAGCCUCAGCUCUGGCUGCUCGUGGCCUGAGCUGCCCCCAGCCCCGAGCCCAGGGGCCACAGCCCAGCCCCCCUGCGAGCUGUGGCACUGGGCUCUGCACAGCUCCUCCUUCACUGCCUGAGCUAGGGGAUAGAAGACGGCUCCAUCCAGGAAUUUUUGCUUCUUUAUGGGGUUUUGAGGAGGUUAAAAAAACCCCAAACCUAAAAAAAAACCCCUUGGCUGACAAAUAUCCUUCACAUGCACUUAACUGUUAGUAACAAAACAGCAGCAGCUCUGGACUUUUAUGCCAGAGAAGACACAACCAUCAGCUCCUUGUCCUCAGCUGGCUGCAUUGCAGAGCUCUGGCUUACAUGGAAAGGAAUGGUUUGGUCAAUAAACCCACCUGACCAGAAGGUGUGGGGCCGUGGGGAUGGCUACACUGAGAAACUCACCUUCUGCAUGCAUCAGUGUGCUUCUCCCUCAGCCCUCCCAUCCCACAUUCCACACUGAUGGAGCUUCUGUGGCUGCCCAAGGCAGUGCCCAAGGACAGCUUGGAUGGGGCUUGGAGCAGCCUGGGCUGCUAGAAGCUGCCCCUGCCCAUGGCAGGGGGUGGAAUGAGUCGUGUCCAAGGCCUCUUCCAACCCAGGGCAGUCUGGGGUUGUGUGAUUGCCCCCCAGUGCCCUUCAGCCUGUAGAGCCACAGCCCCCUGAGAGGGUCUGGGAAAGUAAUGACAGGCUUUGGGGCUAGAAAAGGAAUUCCUGUACCAAGCAAGGAGGCAUUGCCCUGGCUAAUUACUUAAAGGAAGCAGUGAGGCCCCAGGCCCUGGCCCUGGGAGACCCCUAACGAGUAAUUGUCUAAAGGGGAGGAGUGAGGCCCCGGGACAGGGGAGGAGGGGAACCCUGGAGCAGGGGGGCUGCACAUCCCACUCACCUUUGGCUGUUCCUCGGGGCCUCCAGCAGCUCUGCAAAGCUCUUCUCCAGCAGCCUUGCCCUUUGUUUCCUCUGCCUUGGACUCAGAGUUGGGCUGGGACCACCGACACUUCUGUGCCCCAACCCAGCCCCCUGGGGUCCCCCAGCAGCUUCACCUCCAGCUCCCCACAGCCCGUUUCCCACCACACCUGCAUCUUGUAAAUGCUUUGAGGAGGUUCUGGGUUCUGGCACCAACAGGAAGAGGUCUUUAACCACAUCUCUCUCUAUAUAUAAUUGUAAUUAUGAGCUGCAACGAGGUCAGGUUUAUUUUUACAGUAUUACCUGUUAUUUUCUCUCUGGCACCUCUGCCCCUGAUUUCAGCCUGUAAGCACUUUGUUACUCUUUAUACAAACAAAUUAAUAAAGAUUUGGGUUUUCUCCA